AUGUAUAAGAACAAAAAAGACGUUGACAAACACGUGGAAAAGCUACUGUCGAAAUUAUCACCAAAAGACUUUAACGCUCGAGCCUACACGGUUGCCCGAUUAUAUUUUGAAGUAGGAGACUAUGGAAGCUGCCAAAAAUACUUGGAACAAUAUCUUACCUACAAAGCUAACAAUGCAGCCGCGCAUAAGCUUCUCGGACUGACUUUUAGAAAACUCGGACUGAAAGAUAAAGCUCUGGAAGAGCUUAAAAUAUCUCUCGACCUAGACCCUGGCCAAACAAAUAUCAUCUUGGAUAUUUGUGAGUUGCUUGCUGAUGAUGAUGUUAUUAUUGAUGCUGGACGAGCCAGGUAUUGGUGUGAAAAAGCAGAAUUGGCAUUUCCCAAACAUCCUAUUACGUUUAAACUUAGAGAGAGACUUUUAGCUGUAGCCAACCCUAACCCUGAAGCAAUAGUAAACCUUCUUACAUCUGAACUAGCUGCUCGACCAAAGGAUGCUGUCCUUCAUGUGCGCUUGUUGAAGCAUUAUUUAUCAACCAAUAAAAUGAAAGAAGCAUUUGAUCACAGUUGCAAUGUAGAGUUUGAGAAUGCUCAUUUUCUAAACAACAUAAUCUGGUAUGAAACAUUAUCGGAGGUUCUGAAAUGCAAUGCAGAUAAAAUCAUUGAUUGGCUAUACCAAUUGCUAUUACUAACUGUCAAAGAAAGACUUUGUACUCUAAGUGAAACUGAAGUACCCCAAGGAUCAUCAAUGAGUUUAUUGGAAUCUAAAGAACUCCUUCAGGAAUAUGACCAAGCCAUAGUGUCAGUUGCUAAAGCUGGGCCUAUGUCUGGUUAUGCAGAAUUUCAUUCUCAUCUUUUGAGACACCAUCGUGGACAAUUUGCAUUCCUCGCUGCAACAUUACUACUUAAGAGAGCUAAGAAAGAGAAACUUAAUUGGUAUGAUGCGACAAAGUUGUCUUCAUUGUUACUGCUAACUGCAUGGCAAACAUCACCAAUAGAUCCUCAUCCUACUUGGUUAACUGGUUCACCUGAUAAACAAAAGACAGCUGUUUUUCGGUGGUAUAGAGAAGCCUCAUAUAGAUGCUCCCAAUCAGGACAUAUGAUUCUUGGAAACAACCAAGACAAAGGCCAUCUAUUCCUAGAUCAAAUAUCACAAUUUUGUAGCAGCAACAAUUGGAAAGAUAAACUAUUUGAGAAUAUUUAUGUGAGUAAAGAUGAGAGAGCUAAAGCCGAAUCUUAUAUCACAUCGAAUUCAUUUCAAGCACCAUCAUCGAAACUUCCCCAAAAAUUAGAAGUGCAAGCCUUUGAUGAUGAAGCCCAGAAACUUUAUCCAAAUUCACUUCAUCAUUUUGUUUGGAUUCUGUCAAACUACACAAAGUUUUCAGACUUUAAAUGUACCAUAUUUGACAUGCUUUCACCAUCCAUUACUUCUUGUGGGCCAGAGUCAUUGAGUAAAUUAGAUAUAUUAGCAUUCCUCUACUCUGCCACUUUGUCAGCUAAGAAACAGAAAGAAAAACGCAACUAUAUUGCAGCAGAUGUACCAAACCUUAUACCUGCCGAUAUUUCUGAUUUAUUAUGUUCCUUGCCCCAAAUUAAAUGGUGGGACUGUGCAUAUAAAUUUACACAGAAUGAGUUAGGAAGUGAAUACACAGAUAUCCGCUCAACAUUAAGUAGAGGAAUAGAAGUAGUGCGCUGUGUGGACAACCACGGCUUGGAUCCUGAACUACUUUGUAUUCUUGGUCGUAUAUUUAGUAGUUUAUCUAAACAAAGUACAAUAGAUGAUAAAAGUAUGCUUGAGUCUAGGGCGUACCUUUACUAUGCUUCUGCCGUUCCUCUUCUAGAAAAAUUAAAAUCAAAAUCAAUGGUUAAACUGCCUAGCAAAAGGCUUUUUGCUUAUUCACACAAUGAAUUAGAUAAUAAACAAUUAAACACACUAUUACAUGAAAGUAAAUUGUAUAUUGCUCUGAAAAAUUACAAUGAUGAUGAGUAUGUAAAAGCAAUUGAAUAUUUAACCGAUUUAAAAUCACCUGAAAGUUAUUUCUACCUUGGUGCAUCAUACCACAAGAUUGCAAAUGAAGAAAAACUAAUCAAGAAUAAUGAUAGAAACUCAAAGUUUAUUACAUUAUUGGGAAAAUCUAAGUAUUAUGCUUAUAAAGCACUUGAAGGUAUAAAACAUAUUGAAUCAUACAAAUUGUUGCCUCUAUAUUCCUAUAUUCAAGAUCUCAUAGAGGAUGUUGAGUCUUCUAUUAGUAUUGUGGAUUCAAACAUUUCAUUUUCAGUUUUACAUGAUGGUGAUACUAAGUUUUCAUCGGAUGAAAAUGUUUCUGAAAUUGAUAGUGCUCCUUUGAGACUUCCAUAUAGUCACCACAAUCUAAGUUCUACACCUAAGGCAUCAAAGAACCAGGUAAAUAUGAACUCAACCAAUUAUAGAACGGCAUUGGACUCACAAGUGUUCAAUAACAGUCAUGUUGAUCAGCAGAAUCUAAAAGUCAUUGAAGAGCAGAUAAAGAGUCUCCAAAAGAGAGAUGCUACAAUAGAAGACUUUAAAGAACAGACGAGGAACUGGUUUGAUGAAAAUAAAAGGUUAGGAAAUCAAAUUAUCAACACAAUUCAUUCCAAUAUUGAACAAACAACAGAACAGUUUAAGCUUUUAAAGUUGUCAGUAGAAGAAGUCAAAGAUCAAGUCUCUGAAUGUCGAAAGGAAUGUAAAGAUGUUGCAGACCUAAAGAAACAAAUUGCCGAACUAAAGAGAGAAGUUAAUAAAUUAAAGAAAUCUGAGCAGACAAUAGAUGAAAGUGAUCUGUAUAAUUUAAAUGAUGACUAUCGCGCCAAUGAAAAUGCUACAUUUGCCACACAGAUACCUUUUGCUCCACCGCAAGUUAUUCCUCCAUUUGCACAAAGAUUGGUACCACCAUUUCCAGUGCCACCAAAUCCUUAUCAGUUGUAUGGACAAAACUUUUGCAAUCUCUAUAAUCAAUUUUCCCAACUUACACAAAACACAGCAGUUCCGGUUUCAUCUGCAAUGUUUAAUCCAAACCAAGGACAGCCAACUUACCCAGGCAUUUAUCCCGCAUCUGACCAAAUGUACCUCGAUAUGGCAAACCUAGUUCAACCAGGGAUCCCUCAAGCACCUGUAGUGGUUCCAAACCUUUCAAAUAUCCCUGUGGUCUCUAUUGGACCUACUACUUUAGUCGCUUCUUCAUCAUCAGCCGUUGCGAGUAAAGUUAUAACACCAACGUCAAAUGCUAAACCAGUAGCGCGAUCAUUGCCUGUCAAUGUCGUUAUUUCAUCAUCGGAUCCUUUACCUUCCUGUACUACGACACCUGCUCCAAUUCUAAGCGUCACUAUUCCUCAGAAACAUAUAAAAGGAAGUCCUCAUAAUUAUCAAAUACAAAUGCCUUCUAGCACAGAGGCUAAAUCAGUUAUUCCACCCAUUUUCAAUCUAUCAGCAACAAAAGAUGCAACACCGGGUUCUACUCUGUCGGAUAACCUAUCUCUCUGGAAUAAACCUGCUAUGAGUGAGAAUUUUUUCACUUCCGAAGUCUCUAAAUCAGUUAUAGAUGGGCCUUACAAAUCCUCAUCACCAAACACCAGUUUAAAUAAAUCUAGGACUUUAUCUGAAAAAAGUAACACCUCUGUUGAUAAUUACGAUCCCUGUCCAGAUUUUAAGCCUAUAAUUCCGUUGCCAGCAGAAGUGAAAGUAACAACAGGAGAAGAGAGUGAAACUUCGAUAUUUAGCGCUCGGGCUAAAUUAUUCCGUUUCGUGGAUAAACAAUGGAAAGAGAGAGGCAUCGGUGAAAUGAAGCUUUUAAAACAUAAUGUUACUGGAAAAGUCAGAGUCCUGAUGCGUAGGGAACAAGUGCAUAAAAUAUGUGCCAAUCACAUAAUUGUUCCAGAAAUGGAAAUCAAACCUAUGAAGAAUGAAGCAAAAGCCUACUUUUGGGUGGCUAAUGAUUUUGCUGAAGAAUCUUUGAUAUUAGAGAAGUUUUGCAUACGAUUUAAGACUGCAGACACUGCUAAAGAAUUUUUCGAUACCUUUGAAAAGGCGAGAAGUGAAAGUUCUUCAACUGAUGUGAAAACGUCGAAUGAAAAUAUGAAAGAAAAAACUGUAAUUCCGAUUACUGAAGAUAAAAGUGAUCCAUCAAACAGCAAACCUACUAUUGGUGGAUUCACUUUCAGUAGUACUCCUACAUUUAAAACUGUAACAGAAACACCUAAAAAAGAGGCUGUUAAGGAUGAAACACCGAAAGCUAAAGUUAACGUCUUCAGUGGUAUAACUUUUAAGAAUGCAAGUAGUUCUCCGUUAGGCAACGUUUUUGGUUCUACAUCCAGUUCAGCGUUGGACAGUAAAGAGACGAAAUCAUCCGGCAACGCAAACGCGUCCGAGCUUGUAGAGGAGUUUGAACCAACAGCUGAGUUUAAACCAGUAGUUCCGUUACCAGCUUUAGUUGAACAAAAGACUGGUGAAGAAGACGAAAUAGUAUUAUUUGAACAUCGAGCAAAGUUAUUGAGAUUUGAUGGACAAGCCAAAGAAUGGAAAGAAAGAGGUUUAGGGAAUAUUAAAUUAUUAAAAAAUAAAGAAAAUAAUCAGAAAGUACGUCUACUUAUGCGAAGAGAGCAAAUAAUGAAGGUUUGCUGUAAUCACGCUAUUACUAAGGACAUCACAUUUGUGAAAAUGCCAAACAUGGACAAGGCUGUGACAUGGUGCGCUAAAGAUUUUUCUGAAGGUGAACUGAUGUCUGAAACCUUUUGUCUCCGUUUUAAAACAGUGCAGGCUUGUGAUGAUUUCAUUGAAGCAGUAAAGAAAGCUCAAGCUAAUAUAGGAGAGGACGUAAAAGCAGCCAAAAAAGAAGAAAAUGUCGCUAAAUCCAAUUCCAGUGGCUUUGGUAAUCAGUUUAAACCUAAACCAGGAUCCUGGUACUGUACAGCAUGUUAUACAAACAACUUGGAAAGUUUUACUAAAUGUGCUUGCUGUGAGAAGCCGAAACCACAGAGUACUUCUUCGAGUCAGCCCACUGCUGUAGUCCAAACUAAAACUCAAAGCUCCUUUGGUGAUCAGUUCAAACCUAAACCAGGCACUUGGGAAUGCAAGCAGUGUCUCGUCCGAAAUAAGGCCGAAAGCGUUAAUUGUAGCGCGUGUAAUAGCCCAGGAGAACACAACACCAAUAUAAAGUCUGAAGAUGGGCCGAAAGAAGACGCUCCCAAGUUUAACUUUGGCAUCACACAACCAGCGAAACCAAGUGAACCCGCCAAAACACCAGCCGUUUCCGGUUGGGGUGAUAAAUUCAAAGUCAAAGAAGGGUCAUGGGAGUGCAAGCAAUGCUUCGUACGUAAUGAGAAAGAUAAAGAAGUGUGUCCAGCAUGCAAUAGUCCAAGAAAUCCCGGUGCAACAACAACAACAGCAGCAAUAUCAGCAGCAACAACCCCCAAGUUUUCGUUUGGUAUCCCACAAAAGGCAGUAGAACAACCUGCUCCCGUAUCUCUGUUUAAUACAAAUGCUUCGCAAACAUUUAAAUUCGGCAUUGGUAAAGAAUCCACUCCUAAACCAUUUGGCGGUGUCGUAGAUGCGAAUGGUAGUGAAGCCCCGAUAAAUUUCAGUACUAAAAAAACUGAGACAGUUACCGCAGUCCAAAAACCCGCUUUGUUGCCUACACCCACAUCGAAUCUUACUUUCGGGUCUAAAGAAGGCGGCACGUUUCAUUUCGCUUUAAAACCAAAAUCACCAACAAAGGGUAAAAGCCCAAUUAAAUCUCCAAAAAGUAAGGGUGACGAAAGUGGUGAUGAAGAAUAUGUUUCUGAUGAUGAGGGAGCCAGUAUACACUUCAGCCCAGUGAUUCCAAUGCCGGAUAAGAUUGAUGUCGUAACUGGAGAAGAAAAUGAAGACGAACUUUAUGGACACAGGGCAAAAUUAUUUAUAUUCACAGACACUGAAUGGAAAGAAAGAGGGCUUGGAAUAAUUAAAAUAUUAAAAAACAAAAGUUCCGGAAAUCUGAGAGUGUUAAUGCGCCGUGAACAAAUCCACAAAAUAUGUUUGAACCACAUCCUUUCACCCGAUGUCAUUUAUAAAGCCAAAGAUGAGAAAACAUGGUUAUUUGCUGCCAAUGAUUUCAGCGAAGGAGAAUUGCACUUACAACAAUUCUGUAUUCGAUUCCAAAACAAAACAAUUGCGCUGGAGUUCAAAAACGAAAUUGAUAAAGCAAUUGAGAGCAAAUUUGGCCCACACGAGGACAAGAACGAUGACGUCAUCUUUGUUUCUGAAACUGAGGCGUCUGAAGAAGACAAGCGUAGAGCCAAAGAGUUGAUGUUACCUGAUAAUUUCUUUACGUACGCAGAAAAAGAACCGUGUAAAGGAUGUCGCGGCUGUGAAGAAGAUAUUAUGGAAACGCCCAGAAAGCCAUCAAAAACAGAAGCAUCUUUCGUGCAAAGCACUACAAAUUCUGUGUACGGAACCCCAUUAGACAGAACGAUUGAUACAACAACUUUUGGCACGCCCUUAUCCAGUAUUUUUAAGGAGUCCGAUAAAUCAGAAAAAGAUAGCUUUGCUACCCGACUUCAGGCUUCAAGUAAAAGUUCUAUUCUCGCACCACCAAAGCUAAAUACUAGUUCGAACGAUGAAACAUCUACACAGAAAUCAAUUUUCAAAUCAGCAGAGCAGAAUCAGUCACUAUUUGGAUCACCGAAAUCAAUAUUUGGAUGUGUGUUUGGAUCAACAUAUCAAAGUAAAUUGACAGAGCAAAAUAAAUCUGUGGUCGGAGCCACAGAUCAAAGUAAAUCUGUAUUUGGAUCAACAGGGCAAAAUAAAUCUGUGUUCGGACCCACAGACCAAAGUAAAUCUGUAUUUGGAUCAACAGGGCAAAAUAAAUCUGUGUUCGGACCCACAGACCAAAGUAAAUCUGUAUUUGGAUCAACAGAGCAAAAUAAAUCUGUGUUCGGGCCCACAGACCAAAGUAAACCUAUAUUUGGAUCGACUGAGCAGAAUAAAUCUGUGUUCGGAGCCACAGACCAAAGUAAAUCUGUAUUUGGAUCAACAGGGCAAAAUAAAUCUGUGUUCGGACCCACAGACCAAAGUAAAUCUGUAUUUGGAUCAACAGAGCAAAAUAAAUCUGUGUUCGGGCCCACAGACCAAAGUAAACCUAUAUUUGGAUCGACUGAGCAGAAUAAAUCGGUGUUUGGAUCCACAGACCAAAGCAAACCUAUAUUUGGAUCGACUGAGCAGAGUAAAUCGGUGUUUGGAUCCACAGACCAAAGCAAACCUAUAUUUGGAUCGACUGAGCAGAAUAAAUCUGUGUUCGGAGCCACAGACCAAAGUAAAUCUGUAUUUGGAUCAACAGAGCAAAAUAAAUCUGUGUUCGGGCCCACAGACCAAAGUAAACCUAUAUUUGGAUCGACUGAGCAGAGUAAAUCGGUGUUUGGAUCCACAGACCAAAGCAAACCUAUAUUUGGAUCGACUGAGCAGAGUAAAUCGGUGUUUGGAUCCACACAAAAUAAAUCAAUAUUUGGAUCAACAGAUCAAAAUAAAUCUGUGUUUGGAUCAACAGAGCAGAACAAAUCCAUGUUCGGUUCAGCAGAUCAAAAUAAACCAAUAUUCGGGUCCACAGUCCAAAAUAAAUCAGUAUUUGGCAAUAACGAACCAGAAGUGAAAUCAAUUUUCUCAACGGACAACCAAAAACCGGUGAACUACUUUAGCAAUGCAGCCCAAGGAAGUUUGUUUGGGCCAACGGUUCAGGUAGAAAGCAAGCUAAGUGACGUUCUGGGGCAGGCGAAUACACAAGACACAAAAGCUCCAAAUAUUGGAAGUGAAAACUCUGAUGAAAUUGUAAAUAAACUGUUGGUCGCAGAAAGCUUGUCAUUUGCUGACUUAUCGACGACAGAACCUGUUAUUCAAAAUAAAUCUAAUGAUUUUAAAUGGGAAGGCGCUGGUUUGCAACUUUUCUCAUCAGCGCGUGAUCAAAGCACAGACAAUGAUAAGACUGGUGAUGAAGAAUAUGAUCCUCAUUAUGAGCCUAUUGUUCCGUUGCCUGAUAAAAUCGUUGUUACCACUGGCGAAGAAGACGAGGAAAAAGUUUUCGGGGAACGCUGUAAGCUAUACAGAUUUGAUGAGAAAUCUCGCGAAUGGAAGGAGCGUGGGGUCGGCGAAAUGAAGAUAUUGUAUCAUCCAAAUAGACAAACAUACCGAUUGCUCCUCCGACGCGAGCAAGUGCACAAGGCCGUGUUGAAUAUGCUGAUUUUUAUGGAUUUGGAGUUAUUGCCGAUGAAGAACUCUAAUAGCGCCUGGACCUGGGCGGGAAAUAAUUACGUGGACGGAAAUGCGUCCCAGGAAACACUUGCUGUUCGAUUUAAAUCUGUGGAACUGGCUAAUAGCUUCCGGGAUAAAGUCCUCCAAUGUGUUAGGAAACUACAAGUAGCAGCCGCUGACGCGAUCCGAAAAGAGAAAGAAGAGAAAGAGAAUCCCUUCGGAAGUUUAGCACCUCUCCGACUCCCGAAAGGAAUGGCAGAGAGUUCGCGGGCGGAUGUCUCACAACCGGAGACUUCUCAAACAGAAAAUGGUGAUCAGACUGAUGGCGUCAAGCAGGUCCAUUUUGAGAAUGAAGAAGAGUACGAACAUGAUUAUGACGAAGAUUAUGAUGGUUAUUACAAUGAGGAGGAAGAGGAAGAAUCGGCAAUGUACUAUGCAUGUGAUGGAGAAGUCAUAUUAGAACAAGAGGAGAUAAGAAAUACAGUAGAAGAGGCUCACAUACAGGUGCUGUUUGAUCAAGAUGUCUGCUCCCCGAAGAUUCUCAUCACUGAUAACAAUACUGGGGAAAUACUUGCUGAUAUGUUGAUACACACUGAUACAGUGUUUCAAAUAUCUGGUGACUCGUGCAGUUGGUCGGGACUCGACUAUACCAGUAAUAUUCCAGCUAACAAAACUAUUACGGUAAACUUCCCGGACAGUGAAACAACUAUGGACUUUUAUGACAGCUGCGAGACAAGCAAAGCGUCGACGUACGAAUCCCACGAUCCAGAGUCUUAG